AUGGAGGAGGCGGCCGCUGCCGUCAUCAGAGAACCAGUUUCACCUUGUGGGGGAGACCUGGCCAGCACAACCGUACAAUCUGACUCUGGGCCUAGUAUUGAGCUAGAAGGACCGUCUGAGCCCGUGAAAAUUCCCCCGACCUUGUCCGUCAACGAGGACGCCCCUUCCUCGGAAGCCCAAGAGACCUUCCCAGAUGGCUUGCUGCCACUUAUGGUUGCUGUUGCUGCGGGAGUUAUAAGCCCCUAUGACGAAGAACAGGGGGCCCCCUCUUCUCCAGAAACAGCAGCAGCUGCCGCAGCUGCUGCAGAGGGCGCUCCGCGCUUGCUGGAAUGCAUAUUUAGCCCACACCCGGCCCAAGCCCUUGCUGCAGCAGACCCGAAGGACUUGAUGUACCUGCAUCAGCAUGAAGCUCACAAUCUUUUGUUGCGUCACGCUGUCAGAGCCGAGCACGACGAUAAGGAAACCUUCCAAUUGUUACAAUUGCUAGUCUUGCAGCCAAUGCAACUUCAGCAGGACAGCCAGUCAGAAGAGCAACAACACAAUCGCUCCCCAGCCACUGCGCCACGCGCUGCUGUCCAGCAGCAGCUCCUGGAUCAGCUGCUGCUGCCUCAUCAGCAGCGUGAGCAGCAGAUUCCUGUAGAAUGCCUUUGCGGCCUUCCUAUUGAAGGUGGAGUGUUUUCGUGCAGCAGCAGUAACGACACCAGCAGCACUAGCUCUGCGACCAGCAGCGAAAGCAGAAGAACAAACGCAACUCCUGGUGCAACAUGUCGCAUGGCGACUGAAGCCAUGGACAUGCACGCCGCAUCUCAUGCUCUGUUCUCCUGCUGCUGCCAGGGGAAGCUGCGCUGCUUCCUGCUCCUGGAACGAUGCUGCAGCAUUGCAGCUGCAGACAUGUUGCUGCUGCAACAAGGUCGAGGUUCCUUAAUGCAUGCAGCCGCAAUGGGCGGCUCCAGGGCCAUCAUCCAGCGCCUUGCAGCUACUCACGGACUCUCCCCCAGAGGAGCACUAGACUGUGCAAACUACAACGAACCUAUACACUUGGCGGCUUGCUGCGGUCGAACUUCCGCGGUGCUGCAGCUGUUAGAGUUGGGCGUCCCACUGGAUGCCCCCGACAGAUUCCGUAGGACUGCGGCAUUUCACGCCGCGUCAAAUGGCCACGCGAUGCUCCUGAGAGCACUCGCUGCGAUGGGAGCAGACCUCACUGUACUAGAUGCCGACGGAAUCUCCUUGUUGCAGGAGGCAACAGCUCGGCGCCGGAUCCGCGAUGGAAGAGAUCGAGAGGAAAUCGUACAAUUCCUGGUGCAGCAGAAUACACCAUCAGCUGAUGAUGAUGCUGCUGCUGCUGCUGCUAGGGCAAUGGGGAAGGCAGCCGAAUGGCUUGCAGCCUUGCUUCCGGCUAGCCACUCCUCUAGAACAGCCGCCACUCCUACAAUCGACAAACAUUGCCUUCAUUGA